AUGAACAGCAACGCCCGCUUCCGGGGCCAAGCCGCCAAACCGCCAGGCUCGAACAAGUCUCCAACGUCCUCAACCGCCGGUCAGCCUACGUCACCGACCGUUUCUCAGGGAAGCCAGUCAUCUACCAACUUGGCUCCUAAAGUCCCGCCUCUGCCCAACUCUCCUUCGCUCGCCCACUCUAUUGGCAUGGACGACCAGGGUGGCUUGUCCGACGGCGACGGCCUUCUCGGCUCCUACCAUCUGCCACGGCCUAUGCCCAUCUGGCUGAACUCCAACUAUGGCAAGCAUAUCGUCAAGGGCAACUUCAUGACUCUGAGUGCGAGACCCAAGACGGUCGAACAGGGCGAGUGGAUCGCGCAUCAAGUGGUUGAGCACUACCGAAACCUCUGGAACUUCGUCCGUGUUCUCCACGAGAAGGAGGAAGAUGGCUCGACGAUCUGCAACGGCACCACGUGCCCCAGGAUGUCCGCCGGAGCCCGUCGGGAGCCUGUCGAGCUUCCUGCCGCCGAAUACAUGACUCUUAUGCAGAGAUGGAUCUCAGGCAAGAUUGACGACACUAACAUCUUCCCGACCGACCCUUCGGGUGUCUCGUAUGCGCACAACGCAAACAUCACCACCACGCCCCUUUCACAGCUCACAAACCCUGGUGAGCCUGACUGGAUCGGCAAGCGAUCAGGUUUCCCGCAGAAUUUUAUCGACGUCUGUCAGACUAUCUUCCGCCAGAUGUUCCGCGUCUACUCUCACCUCUACUGGGCUCACUUCACCGAGCCUUUCUACCACCUCAACCUCGAGAAGUCCCUCAACAGCUGCUUCAGCCACUUCAUCCUGACCGCCACGGCCCUCGACAUGCUCAAGCCUCAUGAGCUCGAGCCCAUGCAGCCGCUGAUCGACCUUUGGGCCGCCAAUGGUACCUUCCCUCCCGAGUCCAAGGCUUACGAGUAUGCGAACCUCCGCGCUGGCGAGCGCCUGAUGCAACUUGCCGGCGUUUGA